ACCACCACAUCGCUGCAUCUCUCUCUCUUCAAGACUCAUCUUUCUCUCUCUACAAACAUGACGAAAGAACCGGUGACAGGUCCGGAGCAGGAGCAGGAGCAGGAGCCGGCUUCCGGGAAGGACUACCACGACCCACCGCCGGUGGCGUUUCUCGACCCAAAAGAAUUGACCAAGUGGUCGUUCUACAGAGCUCUCAUCGCUGAGUUCGUCGCCACCCUUCUCUUCCUUUACAUUACCGUCUUGACUGUUAUUGGUUACAAGAGCCAGACAGACAUAGAUAAGGUGGGAACUAACCCGUGCGAUGGCGUCGGAAUCCUUGGUAUUGCUUGGGCCUUUGGUGGCAUGAUCUUCGUUCUCGUUUACUGCACCGCCGGCAUCUCCGGUGGUCACAUUAACCCAGCUGUGACCUUUGGUCUGUUUCUGGCUCGGAAGGUCUCAUCGCUCCGAGCCAUCUUGUACAUGGUGGCUCAGUGCUUAGGAGCCAUAUGUGGUGUCGGCUUAGUCAAGGCUUUCCACAAGACUUACUACAACAAUUAUGGCGGUGGUGCUAACGAGCUAGCUGAAGGCUACAACAAAGGCACUGGGUUGGGUGCUGAGAUCAUCGGCACUUUCGUUCUCGUCUACACCGUCUUCUCUGCCACCGAUCCCAAGAGGAAUGCCCGAGACUCCCAUAUUCCGGUGUUAGCACCUCUACCCAUUGGGUUUGCUGUGUUCAUGGUUCACUUAGCCACGAUUCCGAUCACCGGAACUGGUAUCAAUCCGGCGAGGAGUUUUGGAGCAGCUGUCAUUUACAACAAGGAGAAAGCUUGGGAUGAUCAAUGGAUAUUCUGGGUCGGACCUUUCAUCGGUGCAGCCAUUGCAGCCUUCUAUCACGAAUUCGUCUUGAAAGCAGGUGCAGCGAAAGCCCUUGGAUCUUUCAGAAGCAGUACCCAUGUUUGAGAUUUGGAUCUUUAGGGAAAACCCUCGUUUCGUUUCGUUUUAAUUUCAUGAAAACUUGGAGUAUUUAAAAUGUUUGUGUGUGUGUGUGUGUGUGUGUAAGUAUGUGGGUUUUAGGUCUUGGAAUUUGUUCAAGAUCGACUGAUGGCAGCCAUGGAAGUGCAAUGUAAAUGCUUUUUAGAGGGGGGUUGUAUCCCUCGUGUCAUUGUACGUUGUCGCUUAAAGCUUUGAAUCUAUUCAAAUUAUUGCUCAUCUUUUUC